AAUACAGACUGUAACAAGUACAAAGUACGCCACGUUUUUCCGAGCUAAAUGUGGAUAUAGCAUUUAAUAUCUUUUCGUAGGAUUUUUACUAGUGCAACCAUUUAAAUAAUAGUACAACAUAUAUAUCAUUUUACAAAUGAAAACCCAUACACGCAAGUGAACGUUCCGACCAAACCCUAUAAAAGUGUUCCCCAGUCGAAUUUGCUUGAUAUUAAGUUCAUACCGGUGUAAACAUUAGUGAAUCGGAGAAUUUGUUUACAAAUACUCAAGUAAUCUACUGGAAGAAGCAGAGGGUAAUGACUGAGCAGGAUGUAGACGAUGUAGCAUUUCUCACUGGGACAAAUCAUAAGGCGUCUGCCCCACUGUCUCAUUCAAUAUGCCAGUCCUCCCCGCUGAUCCACAAUCCUCGUGACCUAGCUGGAGGGAUCGGGAACGAGAGUAACUCGGGCGCCAACAAAAAGAGCCUCUACGAGAGUCAUGGCAUAGCAGCGUGUUCCCACAAGAAGGCUCUAUGCGUAGCCACCAUUGUCUUCGCUCUACUAUUUACUAUAGCUAUUAUAAUUGCCUUCACUGGAUCUCAGAGUGACUGCACGUGUGCAUCUGGUAAAUCUCUAAUCUUAGACGAAGCACAUAAUGUGAACAAGACGUUUAUACCAAGAGCGUCAAAUGGACAAAUCUUCCCAUGGAACAACAUUCGUCUUCCGCCAUUUGUCAAACCUUUUAGGUAUAACUUGACUAUUCAUCCAAACCUUACUACCUUAGAAGUCAAAAGUCAAGUGUCCAUAGAAUUCCAUGUAGACAAAGAAACUAACUUCAUAGUCCUCCACAGCAAGAAUUUGACCAUCCUAGACAAGUUGAUCCAAGAUAAAAGGGGCAACAAUCUGACUAUUAUGAAAGUGCUCGACUACCCUGGAGCUGAUCAACUGUAUAUCGAAAUUAAAGAAAAAUUUAAGAAACGUGCUAACUAUACCUUAAGAAUUCGAUAUAAUUUUAAGCUCAGGAAGAACAAGAAGGGAUUUUAUAUCACUACCUAUACGAACAAGGAUGGAUUUCAAAAGUCUUUGGCUGCAACAAACUUCGAACCAACAUAUGCUCGAACUGCCUUCCCAUGUUUCGAUGAACCUCAAUUUAAGGCUAGAUUUAGAAUUACUAUUUUUAGAGACAGAUUUCAUAUAACACUUUUUAAUACUCCAAUUACAAACACUGAUGACCUUGGCUUUUAUAUGGGUACAGGCUUGCUGCGCGAUGAUUUCGUGGAAUCUAAAGAAAUGAGCACCUACUUGGUAGCCUUUGUAAUUUGCGACUAUCCCCAGAUUGUUAGUAAAACUACGGAAAGUGGAGUACCAGUUUCAAUAUACUCUUCAGAUAGAUACAAAGCGCAAGCAAAGGUUGUACUGGAUAUAUCUGUGCACAUACUGAAUUAUUUUGAGAACUUUUUUGGAAUGCAUUAUCCGCUGCAGAAACUAGAUUUGGUGGCCCUGCCCAAUUUUGAAGGCGGUGCCAUGAAGAAUUGGGGGCUGCUAACAUUCAGGGAAACUGCCAUUGUAAACUCCUCUAACGAAAUAUCAAUCACUGCACACCAGAAGUUUGCGUCAAUUCUAGCGCACAAUUUAGCUUAUCAAUGGUUUGGAAACUUGGUGACGAUGAAGUGGUGGAGUGACUUAUGGUUGAAUGAGGCAUUUGUCACUCUACUAGGAUAUUACGGUGUUGAUGACUAUUAUCCAGAAUGGAAGAUGAUGGAUCAAUUUCUCAUAGAUAAGAUUCAACCUGCACUUGCCUUAGAUGCACUGAAAAGUAGCCAUCCCAUAUCAGCGACUGUCAUUGAUCCGUCUGAUAUAGAAACUAUUUUUGAUACUAUGUCUUUAAAUAAGGGAACUGCAAUUUUACAUAUGGCAGUCAACUUUUUAGAAUUAGAAACUGUACAAAGUAGUCUUAAUGAUUUCUUUAAUACUUAUAAGUAUAUGAAUGCUGAAACCAAGGACCUCUGGAAUACAAUCACUAAGAACAUUAAUCGAACUCUUGAUAUAAGGACUAUCAUAGACACAUGGACACAUCAGAUGGGGUUUCCGCUGGUUAGACUGAAGAGAGAAGGUUCCGAAGUAGUAGCUACACAGUCAAGAUUCCUGCUGACCUCAGAGCCUGAUCAAUCUGAGAGAAACCUGACUAUUUCUUUAACCACAACUACGACUCAUAAGCCAUUUCAUCACCAAAAAGACUAUAAGUGGUACAUUCCCUUGACAUAUUAUACGAACAACGAUUCAGAGGUGAAAAGUGUAUGGUUAAACAUUACGGAAACACGUUUUGAACUGUCACCUGAAAUAACUUGGAUGAAAGCUAACAUAAAGCAAGGUGGAUUUUACAGAGUGAUGUAUGAUAAUGAGACCUGGGAGAACUUGAUACAAACAUUGAAAAAUAAUCACUCGAUCUUCAGUGCUGCAGAUAGAGCUAAUUUGAUAGAUGAUGCCUUCUCUCUUUGCAGAGCAGGUAUCUUGAACGCCAGUGUGGCGUUAGACUUGUCGACCUAUCUAAUAAACGAAAAGGAAUACGUGCCGUGGGCUUCGGCAAUAGGACACUUCCGAGCAUGGACUUACAGACUUUCAGAAUCACUAGCAUACAAAUCACUCCUGAAGUAUUUCAGACAGCUACUGACACCAAUCACCAAAUAUCUUUCUUGGAGAAAGACGAAGACCCACAUAGAACGGUUAUUGGAGGCCAAAGUGAUGUCAGCUGCGAUACUUUGCGAUCUGAAUGACACAAUAGCCGCAUCAAGGAAUAGCUUCAAAGAGUGGAUGAUGAAAAACAAGUCAAUUGAUCCAAAUUUGAAGGAAAUAGUAUAUUCGUCCGGCAUUAAAUAUGGUGGUAUAAACGAGUGGACCUUCUGUUGGAACUUCUGCAAGAACGUUACGAAUGCCGGAGAGAGAAAUAUGCUUUUGAAGGCACUGGGAACGGCGUCUGAUCCUUGGCUUCUACAAAGGUAUCUCAUGGAAACUAUAAAUAAAGGCGUAUUCCAGCCCGAAGAGGUUACAUUGGUUCUAGAAGUGGUAUCAGCAAACCCCGAAGGAAGACUGCUAGCAUGGAGGCAUUUGAAAGCCUAUUGGUUGAAAUUGUACUCGCUGUAUGGUAACAAGACUGCAUUUAUGGGCAAUCUCAUUUCAGCUGUAACUGCACACCUGACAACGCCCUAUGAUUAUUACGAGGUGUCAACGUACUUUAGUGGAAUGGACGUCGGCCUAUCCACCAGAACCUUAGAUCAGAGUCUAGAAAUAAUCAAGCUGAACAUAAACUGGAUAAAGCAAAACGAGGAAGAAGUAAAUACGUGGUUACGGAAAAAUAUAAAAUGAACUCCUUCCUUAAUAGUAUUUAAUUUGUAUUUAAAAAUUUUUUUAGUCCAUGUCUGUAUUAUAUUUUUUUAACCGGUGGUCCAAACUAUGUAAAAUCGUUUUUUUCUGUACAAUUAAAAAAAAAUAAACUGGUG